UUGUGCUGUCAGGUCUGGCAGGACAUCUGUGUGUGUCUCUCUCUCUUCCUUUUUCUGUUUCUAGCAGUGAGCAAAUUGCAACAGGCAAGCCUUAGUUAGCCUGAGUAAGGCUGGAUCUGAGUAGAGAUACUUCCCAGCAGAACCAGCAAUGGACUUGAUCACUAAUGUCUCAUGGUUUGAUCACCUAUCUGCAAAGGAGGAAGUUUUCAGGAGCUAUUUAAACAGCACCGAGGACUAUCUAUCCUUUUUAUGUGGACCCAAGCGGAGCCCUCUGUUCUUGCCCAUGACUUUGGUGUAUGCCUUGAUUUUUGUGGUUGGGGUGAUGGGCAACCUUUUAGUUUGCCUAGUGAUCCUUAAGCACAGGAACAUGAAAACUCCUUCCAACUACUAUCUCUUCAGCCUGGCCAUUUCAGACCUGCUGGUGCUGCUCUUUGGGAUGCCCCUGGAGGUCUACGAAAUGUGGAGCAAUUACCCCUUCCUGUUCGGCCCUGUGGGGUGCUACUUCAAGACAGCCCUCUUUGAGACUGUAUGCUUUGCCUCUAUCCUGAGCAUGACCACGCUCAGCGUAGAGAGAUACAUAGCCAUCCUCCAUCCUUUCCGAGCCAAGCUGGACAGCACCAGGAAGCGUGCUCUGAGGAUUAUCAUCGUGCUCUGGAUCCUCUCGGUCCUCUUCUCUCUGCCCAAUACCAGCACCCAUGGCAUCAUGCUGCAGUACUUCCCCAAUGGCACGCUGGUCCCUGGCUCAGCUACCUGCACCGUGGUCAGGCCCAUGUGGAUCUACAACUGUAUCAUCCAGGUCACUUCCUUCCUCUUUUAUGUGUUGCCCAUGGCUGUCAUUAGUGUGCUGUACUACCUGAUGGGGCUGAAACUGAGAGGAGAGAAAUCUUUGGCAGUUGAUGAAAUGGCUGUGAAUAUUCAGAGACCCUGCAGAAAAUCAGUCACCAAGAUGCUGCUUGUUCUAGUGAUGGUAUUUGCCAUAUGCUGGGCCCCAUUUCACAUCGAUCGACUCUUCUUCAGUUUUGUUGUGGACUGGACUGAGCCGUUGGCCAAUGUGUUCAACCUGAUCCAUGUGGUGUCAGGUGUUUUCUUCUAUCUGAGCUCCGCUGUGAAUCCCAUCAUUUACAACCUGCUUUCCCGCCGUUUCAGAACGGCUUUCCUCAAUGUGAUCUCUCCCCGUUGCAGGCACUGGCCCUCCAAACACCCCGCCAGUGAGAUUCCAGCCCAGCAGAGCAUCUUCCUGGUGGGGGACCGCAAUCUGGUGGACUGUGCUGAAGAUGCGAGCUCCCUGUGCGUGCACAGAACAUCUGUCUGUAGUUCUCAUCUUUGUACUGGCCUAUGACUUUAUGUAGUGCUAUGAGUGGGACAAAAGUCAAUGAAAACCACUAUUUUUCUUUAAAAAAAACCCUAAUAAUCAGGUGUCACAGGGUUUGGGGGUACAAUCCAGACCGGUGAGGGGUUGUCACCUCUUCCCCAGUAGCCCUGGGUGCCUCACUGUGCUUUGCCGCUGUAGCUCCCAACUUGGGCUGCUCACAACCAGCCUACCAGCAUGCAAGUUGCACCCUCAGUGUCUGUGUGCAAGACAGCCCUGGUUCAGCAGCUCUGAUCCUAGUAGUCUGUCUACAGUCCCACUAGCAUCUUUGCUUUGACAAGUUUCCUAUUUGCUAAUGCCAAAGCUGACUUCAGCUUUGCUAAGUGUUGUGGGAUGCUUGACAUGGGUGGACAGAAUUGUGGGAAAAGCAUAAUACAUUCAGAUAACAUAACCUCCCAAUGCUCAUAUAUAUGUAUAAUGUAUAUUACAUUAAUACCAUGUGCAUAAUGUCAAUUAAUGUGGUGUAUACUACACCUAACAUAUAUGUAUUUGCUAACAUGUGGGAGGAUGGGGGGGGGGAAGUCCUUUCCCAGCUAGCUCCAGUACUAACACCAUG